AUGGCGUUCAUGAUAUUUCAGGCCAUUCAGUACACCACGCAUGACGCAGCUUUGCUCUUUCAAAUUAUGUUCUAUCGCAACCGCCAGAAACAAAACCAGGGUCGGAUCCAAUUACUCCAAUCAGAUGACCUGAGUGACCCUGAUACGAGCGACGAAGACGAUGAUAGUGACAACGAGAAGGAUGUCGAUAACUCAGUGGACUCUAGCAUAACCCGAAAGGUACUGCGCAUUAUUGUGGCCACCCAAUGCUACAUCCAAAUUAGUAUAGUGACGGCAGGUUUGCUAAUGCUCUUCAAUGUUAUCGAUCUGAUUCGUAUUUACGCCUGGGGAGCACGAAGUGACGCUCCUUUCUACUCUGAUCAUCGCCUGAGGUUUGGCACUCGAGCACAGAUUUUUGGCUGGUGUUCUGCCGCAUCAUACAUAGGAUCGAGAUGUUCCCAGAUUCAACUCAAUAAUAAAAGGAAGUCGUGCGAGGGAAUAUCACGCAUGUUUGUUCUUUUGAAAUGUUUGGAGAGCGUUGUGUCAGUGGCUUGUAUUUUGAGUCAGAGUACUGGAAAGCACUAUAUGCUAAUAUACUCUUCGUGGCUGGUUGGCUAUGUAGGGUCUUUGCUUUUAGACUUGGUGAUACUUUAUCAGUGCUCCAUUUACCAAGGCAACCAAUGA